AUGAAUGAGACAAUUUUGACAUCAUCAAAUAUAAAUAUGAAACGAAAACGUUCAAUUUAUUAUUAUCAAUGGUUACCUAUUUUACUUGCUAUUCAAUCCCUUGGCUUUUUAAUUCCACGUAUUAUUUGGUCUAGUUUUAGUUCUCGAUGUGGUAUUAAUAUUCAACAUGUAUUAUCACCCACCUAUGAUUAUCGUACAUGUCGUUAUAAAGUUCGUCAUAUAACAACUAUGUUAAUAAUGUUAGCUAAAGCAAAAUAUUAUGAUUUUAAUCGCUCAAAUCAACAACCAAAAACGUCAUUUAAUCAUAUUAUAAAAUCAUUUAAUAUUUUUUGUCUACCAUUUUUUUUUCUUAAUGAAAAUAUUUUUCAUGGAUACUAUUUAACAAAUUUAUUUUUAAUCGUUAAAUUAUUAUUUCUAUUAAAUUCAACAUUACAAUUAUUUUUGCUUAAUACAUUAUUAACAAAAAAUGCUCUCUUCUAUGGUGUAGAAGUUAUUGAUAAUUUUCUAAGAGGAGAAUAUGUUGUUGGUUCAAAAAUAUUUCCGUUAACAGUUUACUGUGAUUUUUCCAUAUCAAAAGUUGGACAUCCAACAUUGUAUACCGUUCAAUGUCUAUUACCAAUGAAUGUAUUCAAUGAAAAAAUAUUUACAAUUAUUUGUUUAUUUCGACAAUUCAAUUAUGCUUAUAUUGCACGAUAUUUAGAAUUAUAUUCUAAAAAAGAACGAUUUAAACAAAAUGUGUUAAUCAAACGUUUUGUACUUGAAUAUUUAAAUUCCGAUGGAGUUUUGAUACUACGUUUAAUAUCUGAAAAUAUUAGCGAUUUAUUGACAAGUGAAGUUGUCAAUGCUCUAUGGAAUGAUUACAAGACAAUGAAUCGUUUAAAUUCAAUAAAUCGUGAAAAAUAUUAUAAUCAACGAUUAAAAAAUCUUGCAUCGACAAAUAAUGGUGCUAAUGUCAAUAGUAAUAGAAGAUCAUCGAAUGUCUAUCUCAGACAAAUAUAUAAAUAA